GGAUUUGGUUGAGUUAGUGGGUGCAACUUUAAGAUCUAAGGAGGGGCUGAGCGACCUGGGGCCACAUCGGCAGCAAGGAGCAAGGGACCUGAACAACAAGUACCGUCUUUACCUCAGCGUGGGAAAAUCAUUUGUCCAAGCUGGGGCAGGAGAGGCCCAGAGGCCCCGAGGCCCCUGCGUGAGGUGGCCCAGGAGCCUGACCUUCCUGCACCUUCAGAGAGUGGAACAUGGCUGCACUAUGGCCACUGCUGCUGGCCCUGAGUCUGGGCUGUAUAGGAGCAGGUGGCUUUGUGGCUCACGUGGAAAGCACGUGCUUGCUGGAUGACGAAGGGACCCCAAUGGACUUCACAUACUGUAUUUCCUUCAACAAAGAUCUGCUGGCCUGCUGGGAUCCAGAGGAGGGACAAAUAGUCCCCUGUGAAUAUGGGGUCCUGUUUAAGUUGGCCGAAUUCAUUUCAAAUACCCUCAACAAGGAAGAGGGCCUGAUCCAGCGCUUGAAAAAUGGGCUUCAGGACUGUUCCACGCACACCCAGCCCUUCUGGAACGCGCUGACCCACAGAACGAGAACGCCAUCUGUCCAAGUAGCCCAAACCGCUCCUUUUAACACAAGGGAGCCUGUGAUGCUGGCCUGCUACGUCUGGGGCUUCUAUCCGGCGGAUGUGACCGUCGUGUGGAUGAAGAACGGGCAGCUUGUUACUUCCCACAGCAACAAGGAGAAGACGGCUCAGCCUAACGGGGACUGGACAUACCAGACCGUCUCCUACCUAGCCUUAACCCCUUCCUACUGGGACAUCUACACCUGCGUGGUACAGCACAGCGGGACCCCUGAGCCCAUCCGCGCGAACUGGACACCUGGGCUGUCCCCCAUCCAGACAGUGAAGGUCUCUGUGUCUGCAGCCACCCUGGGCCUGGGCUUCAUCAUCUUCUGUCUUGGCUUCUUCAGAUGGCGCAAGUCUCACUCCUUCAGCUACACUCCUCUCCCUGGAUCCACCUACCCGGAAGGACGGCCCUAGAGGGCAGAGCUCCGCGCUGAGAAGGAGAUCCAGACUUUUGAUGGUGCCUUCAUGCCCCCCAGCAUCUUCAGGACACCCCACUUUCUUGGGUCAUAAUUCCUCUACUCAGUUCCACUUCCCCAUGUAAAUAUUGGCGGCCUGGGGGGUAUUCGUAAUCAAAUCUGCCUCAGGUGUUUUCUGAGGUGAGCUGCUCUGAGGAGGGGGUUCAGGGCCCUCCUGAAAGCCCCACCUUGUCACAGAAGGCACUGUGUCACGAUCACACCUAAGAAAUAAACUGGUGUGGAAUUAC